UACAGCUAGCCACAUCCCUACAGACCACCGCGGAUCAGGGCCUGACCGCGGAUCUCGUACACACGUGUUUCUGAUAUGGACAGGCCGUGUUUUCCCAGAUAAAAGCUCGAGAGAUGAUGUUUGAACUAUUUUAUCCGCUCCUAUGUAUGGCGACUUUAUUAGUCAUACAUUUGUUUUCUAUCUUGUGUCGUGAGGUUAGUACCACCCAUACUCCAGGAACGAUUUCGUACAACAUUGUGCCACCGAAUGGACCACAGUUUGAGAUAGGCCUAGGUAUACAAGACGCGUCCGUCAGUAAACUCGCCGGGGAAGUGUCCUCUUUGACUGGGAUACCAGAGUCAGCGUUUCUGCUUUACAAGAAUGGCACGAAGAUCAACGAUGAGACUGCCAUUGAGAAUGGAGGGAUAAUCCAUGUCCAAAUUCCCAUUUUGGGUGGUAUGCCGCCGAAACGUAGGAAAGGGGGUGCCGAGUAUGACCAGGUUUGCCAAGAAGACACGGAACAAUGCAACUGCCAGGGUGCAUGUAACUGCACCAUCAUUGUCUCAGGCCAGAGGCCCUACCAAUCCAGUCCAAGCUCGUACCAACCCAGUCCAAGCACCUACCAACCCAGUCCAAGCACCUACCAACCCAGUCCAAGCUCCUUCCAACCCAGUCCAAGCUCGUACCAACCCAGUCCAAGCUCGUACCAACCCAGCCCGAGCUCCUACCAACACAGCCCGAGCUCCUACCAACACAGCCCGAGCUCCUUCCAACACAGCCCGAGCUCCUACCAACCCAGUCCAAGCUCGUACCAACCCAGCCCGAGCUCGUACCAACCCAGUCCAAGCUCCUACCAACCCAGCCCGAGCUCCUUCCAACCCAGUCCAAGCUCGUACCAACCCAGCCCAAGCUCCCUCCAACCCAGUCCAAGCUCGUACCAACCCAGCCCAGGGCCGGCAAACUUCUCAAGUCCUUCACAGUACCGGUCAAGUCCUGGCGCAGCCGGUCUUGACAUCACCCUGUACCAGCCAAGCCCAAGCGCUAGCGCUGGUUUCCAUGGCAGCGAAGGUGACCCAAUGGUACAGGAUGUCUUCGAAUUCAGAGAAGGAGACAACCCACAAACAUUGGCGUACAAUGCUCGUGAGAAGAACCGUGACUACAGCUCAAACAGCGACAGUGACCUUGGAGUUCACCGUUUGGAGUCUUCAGACGACGAUCCGUCCGGUUUGUCGGACACGAAUUACGAACCAUUCGAUAGUUCAUUCUACAUCGAUCCCCAGAGAACCCCAACUGAAAGACCAACUAAAAAAAGAACGGGGGGGCCUGUCGGACCAGGUCGGAAACUCUUCAGCAAGGCAGUGAAAAAGGAGACACUACAUAGAGUGCUUUCUAAGAGUCCUUGCUGUCGUUCUAAAUGCUCAACACGUUUCACCUAUCGGGAGUUAAAGAAAAAACGAGAAACUUAUUUCGGCAGCGGAGACGCGUCUGCUCGUUCGUCUUGGCUUGUUGAAAAGUUGUCGACUUUCCAGAACUCGGAGACCAACAGCACGGCAUAUGCUUUCAAGGUCGAUGGAAAGACCGUAUGUAGGAAGGCUUGGUGUAGACUUUACGGAAUAACAAAAAAUGUCUACUACAGGGGAAGAUCUGCCUUCAUGAAAGGUCGCACGUCAGCUUCGGAAAGGUUACGACCCCGGCGGGAGAAGUCAACGGCGUAUGUGAAGGCUGGCGUUUGGUUCGGCAUGUAUGCUGCGGCUCACGCAGAAAAGAUGCCCCACAGGAGCGAGAAGUGGCUGCCAUACCGGACGCGCAAACAAGGUGUGUACCACCAGUACCGGCAAGAGAUGGCCGAGGAGAUGGAGCCAUACUGCUCGAAGCAGACGUUCUAUAAUAUGUGGAAAGAAAUGUACCCGGACGUGAUCAUUAAGAAGUCCAGCCUAUUUACCAAGUGCAAAAAAUGCGUACAACUCGAGAGAAAGCUGGAGAGAACACGGGACCCCAUGAAGCGACAGGAAAUUCAAGACCGGCGCCGUGCCCAUCUUGGCCGACAAAUGCGUGAGCGAAUCAACUAUUACCGGAGAAGAGAGGCAGCCCAUCGAAACCCAAAGCGCUACCUAAGCCUGAUUAUCGACGGAAUGGAUCAAGCAAAGACCUACCUUCCGCAUUUCGUUGGUGCAAAGUCAAAGGACAUGGCAUCAACGGACCUCAUGAAGGUCCACGUUUCGGGGAUUAUCAGUCAUGGGCAUGGCAUAAAGGCCACGUUUACUGAUGUGUUCGAGUACAACCACGACAGUAAUCUAACCAUCAACUUGCUGUUGAAGAUGCUGUACCGUCUGUCCAAGCAAGGACCCCUGCCUCCUAUACUCUACGUUCAAGCGGACAACUGCUUUAGGGAGAACAAGAACAAGUACAUGCUUGCAUUUCUUGAUAUGUUGGUCCAUCGAAAGAUAUUUGUAGAGGUGCAGCUGUCUUUCUUGUAUGUCGGCCAUACUCACGAAGACAUCGACCAACUGUUUAGUCAAAUAGCGGACCGACUAAGGCACGAGGAAGCGAGGACACUACAGCAGCUUCUGGAGAAACUCCCUGACGCGGCGCAGAUGCGAGGCCUGUACGAUGUUCGCGGAUGGCUGGAGCCGUAUAUCGUCAGCAUCAAAGGCCACUCAAAAGUCGGCUUGUUUCGGUUUCGGAACAGUAAGACCACAGAGGGGCUGGUAGAGAUGUUCUACAGAAGAAGUCAUCAACAUAAGUGGAAAUAUAAUAAGAACGGCAUGUUCCGUACAGAUCAACAGGGCAAACCCCUUAGACCGGGAGGAAGACCGAAAUUGCUGUUACCCGUCUUUGAAAAGAGAGAAAUCAACGUUGGCAACCUGUUGGACCAAAAGCUCCCCAAGUGGGCACCGUACCUGGAGUCUCCAUUGGAAGACAACCAGUGGAAGGAAUAUCUACAACAACUGAAGACGGCAUCCACAAGUCGACCUGCUGCCACACGCUAUGCGAUAGGUGACGGUACGGGAUGGACGAUGGACAGACUGGCGCCAUGCGACCCAGCGGAGUUAGCCAACAGAGAGGGAGAGGAGGCAGCCAUCCCCGAGGAGCUGGAUCGUUUAUUGGCAGAGGAGCUGGAAAGUGCCGAGAUUGUCGUCGGAAGAACCACGUUAGGGACGAGGAAACGAGGAGGAAAGAGAGGCCGCCCACGUGGAGCCCGGGCAGGAGGCCGUGGACGUGGACGAGGGCGCGGUCGCAGUUAGAUUUGUUUAAAUCUCCACUCUUUGACGUUUAGUACUCCCUGUUUUACAUACAUACAUACAUACAUAAUGUGUUAACUUUAUUGUGUUUUUCUGUAUUUCUUAUCGUGUUUUGCGUUCUAUUGGUUUAAACGAUCAAUCAUUUUGAAGUCACUUUUCUUAGCAAUGACUUUGUAAUGCCGCAUGCAAAAACAUUGUACAUGAUGUAUCCUUAAAUAACAUCUAUUGCUGGAGGGAUAUUGACCUGUUUGGUUUUGUUUCCUCAAAAUUAUUAUAGUAUGUCAACUUCAAUACAUUUCAUGAUAUACACUGCUAUGUUGUGACAGUUCUUUAUUUCUACUUUAAGCCGCCCUGUCGGCGACGAGGCUUUUAGCCGCGCUGUUGGGACGAGGCUUUUAGCAGCGCUGUUGGGACGAGGCUUUUAGCAGCGCUGAUCGGACGAGGCUUUUAGCAGCGCUGUUGGGACGAGGUUUUUAGCAGCGCUGAUCGGACGAGGCUUUUAGCAGCGCUGAUCGGACGAGGCUUUUAGCAGCGCUGUUGGGACGAGGCUUUUAGCAGCGCUGUUGGGACGAGGCUUUUAGCAGCGCUGUUCGGACGAGGCUUUUAGCAGCGCUGUUGGGACGAGGCUUUUAGCAGCGCUGUUGGGACGAGGCUUUUAGCAGCGCUGAUCGGACGAGGCUUUUAGCAGCGCUGUUGGGACGAGGCUUUUUAGCAGCGCUGUUGGGACGAGGCUUUUAGCAGCGCUGUUGGGACGAGGCUUUUAGCAGCGCUGUUGGGACGAGGCUUUUAGCAGCGCUGAUCGGACGAGGCUUUUAGCAGCGCUGUUGAGACGAGGCUUUUAGCAGCGCUGUCGGUGAGGAGGGAGGCUUUUAGCAGCGCUGCAGGUGACGACGAGGCUUUUAGCCGCGUUUGUGCCAAGAGAUCUAAGCUGGUACAGAUUGAUUUUUGUUUCCUAUUAAA